AUGCGAAUGUCCACAUUAUCAUCCUGUCGUCGUCGAGCUAGCGGCGUCAAGCUAGCGGCCUUCGUUGGCAGGUCUGAAAGUCAGGUACCCGUAGAUAAAACCAGGAGGUUUGUGCACGAACAGUCCGUCAACAUCGAUCGAAAAGAGUCAGGGCUCCACCGCGCUGCUUAA